AAAUUGUCACACGGGUUUCUGCGAGGCUCCCCUGCCCACGACUUGGCUGGAAACUUUCCUACCGGGGGCAACCAACCCCCCCUUGAUGCUCCGCCCUUGAAAUCUUUCCAGUCGCACCUCCAUCUGACACUCCAGCAAAUUAUUGAAAAAAAAAACGCCUAUCGCGCGGAACCAAAAGAAAAGGAACAAUGGCAGGACGCAACCAUCUCCAACUCCGAGAAAUCCCUUUAUCUCGAGCCGCCCUCCUUCCACACCCAACCACCGACCCACACCGCCUCCAUGCCCGCCCUCACCACCUCCUCCUCGAAGACCGUAUAACAAUCCAGCACCGUGAGAUCCAAUCCCUUCUUUUAGAAAAUGAACGACUCGCAGCCGCACACUUUGCAUUAAAACAAGAACUCUCUUUAUCACAACAAGACCUUCGUCACUUAUCAACACUUGCUGCUGAUGUCAAAGCCGAGAGAGACAAUCAAGUUCGUGAAGUCUAUGAAAGAUCGUUGAAAUCGGACGCUGAGUUACGGUCUAUUGAUGCUAUGAGUGCUGAGCUUGUUCAGGUGAGGACGAAUGUACAGAAACUUACUGCGCAACGCCAGGAUAUGACUGCACAAUUGAAGGGGAUGAAUAAUGAAAUUGUUAAAGCUAAAACGGAAACGCAGCAGGUGGGUGUUCUUAAAGCGGAGAUUGAGACUGUACAGCAAGAGAUUCAAAGAGGAAGGGCUGCUAUUGCAUAUGAGAAGAAGACACGGGCGAUUAAUCUUGAGCAAGAAAAGGUAUUGGAGAAAAAUAUGAAUCUUGUGAUUCGAGAAAUUGAGAAACUUCGCGGUGAGUUUGCUAAUGCAGAGAAAAGAGCAAGGGCAGCAGCUGCAGCAGCAAACCCAAGUCCUGGAUAUGGUGGAAACUAUGGCAGUGCUGAAGUGGGAUGUGGAGGAAGUUCAUAUCCUGAUCCUUAUGGCUUGCAGCAGGUUCAGGUUGGUAGUGAUUCUGGUCCUACCUUUGCAUCUGGAGUAAUGUCUAAUGGUCCCUAUGACACUGCACAUGGAUGAGGUUCUCUCACCAUGAUCAUCCAAAAUGUUGAAAUCAUAAUGUUGUUUCACUGUGUGAAGCGUUAUAAAUUCUGUAGGAAAUUUUCUUCUGUCAAGGAUACAGGUGUUUUGCCUUCAUUUAUGAAUCUGGUAUUCUGUUCA